AUGAGUAAAGUUGAACUGAUCACGAGUUACAGCAACUCGAUGCUAUCACCAAUCUAUGCGGGCUCCGGUGCCGUUGCAUCCGUAUCUGAAGAUGGUACUUUGAUUGCUACACCAGUUUUAGAUGAGAUCAAUAUCAUCCAAUUACAACCCGAACCUAUACUAUUGCACAAGAUCACUAAUGAUGAUGAACAAGACAUUACUGCAUUACACAUUACUCCAGAUGGAAAAUAUCUUUGUUUUGUAUCUCAAGCUCAACUAUUAAAGAUAUUUUCCAUAAAAGAAGGCAAAAUAGUAAGAUCAAUGAAAACUUCUUCCCCAUGUUACAUUAUGGAUACUGAUGCUACCUCCACUUUGGUUAGUGUUGGUGGUACUGAUGGUUCCAUAAUUGUGGUUGAUAUUGAAAAUGGUUAUAUCACGCACUCAUUCAAAGGUCAUGGUGGGACAAUUUCCAGUUUGAAAUUUUACGGUAAACCGAACACUAAUAAUUGGCUUCUUACCUCUGGGGAUACAAAUGGGGUAUUAAAAGUUUGGGAUUUAGUAAAGAGAAAAUGUUUACAUACCACACAAGAGCAUACAUCCGCUAUAAGAGGUCUUAACGUUCGUGAAACAAAUGAAGAAUCUGAAGAUAAUAGCAAUAACAAUAGCACUCUACAAUUAAUAUCAGGUGGUAGAGAUAAUAUUUUGAACUUAUGGGAGUUUGAUACAAAGAAAAAAUGUAAACUAAUCAAAACCAUCCCUGUAAGUCAACAAAUCGAAUCAUGUGGAUUUAUUUCAAGUAAAAUAGAUAGCGAUUUAGUUUACACGGCAGGUGGUGAUGCCAUAUUCCAAUGUUUAUCUUUAUCAAAAGGUACUGUUGUUAAGAGCACAAAGAAACCAGUCGAAGAACUUUUCAUAGUUGGUGUUAUACCUAUUUUGAAUGAGACAAAGGUAUACACUGUUCUGUCUGAUCAAACAAUAGAAUUACUAAAUAUUGAAGAAUCAUUACAAGAUAGCUCAGAAUCAAUAAUCACACCAGAUUCAUGUAUAGCUGGUAAUCAUGGUACAAUUGCGGACAUGGCGUUCGUGGGCCCAAAUCACAAUAAAAUAGCAUUAGCAACGAAUUCACCAACCUUAAGAAUUAUCCCAUCCUUAGACAUGGAUUCGAAAUCAUCGUCAGAAGAAAAAUUAUUAAUAAAUGUUGAUUUUUACGAAGGUCACACUGACCUAUUGAAUGCCGUAACCUCUACUGAAGAUGGGUUAUGGAUUGCUACUGCAUCAAAGGACCAUACAGCAAUUGUUUGGAAAUUUGAUGAAUCUCUUAAUAAAUUUAUUCUUUUCGCUAAAUUUACCGGUCAUUCAGCAUCAGUUACGGCCGUGAAUUUCCCGAACGUUAUCUUACAUGGAUACCCAGAAUAUUUGUUGACUGGUUCAAAUGAUUUGACUAUUAAAAAAUGGAAGAUUCCAAAACCAUCAAGCAAAGCAAAUGAAGAAGGAUUGGUACCAUACACGGUAAAUACAUCUGAAUAUACCCGUCAUGCACAUGAAAAGGAUAUCAAUGCUUUAUCUGUCGCACCAAACGAUUCUGUUUUUGCUACAGCAUCAUAUGACAAAACGUGUAAGGUAUGGGAUGUCGAAACUGGUAAUUUAGUAGCGACAUUAGCUAACCAUAAGCGUGGUUUGUGGGAUGUCUCAUUUUGUCAAUAUGAUAAAAUUCUGGCUACAUGCUCUGGUGAUAAGACUAUAAAAAUUUGGUCCUUGGAUACAUUUACGGUUCAAAAGACGUUAGAGGGACACACAAACGCUGUCCAAAAAUGUGCAUUUAUUAACAAGCAAAACCAACUUGUUAGUUCAGGUGCAGACGGUCUGGUAAAAAUUUGGGAUUGCGCAACUGGUGAAUGUGUAAAGACUCUUGAUGGUCAUGCAAACAGAAUAUGGGCUUUGAAUACUAUCAAUGAUGGUGAAUUAAUUGUAAGUGCAGAUGCGGAUGGUGUGAUGCAAUUCUGGAAGGAUUGCACCGAAGAACAAAGAGAAGAGGAUCUAGAAAAAGAAAAAAUAAAGGUUGAACAAGAACAAACAUUACAAAACUAUCUGAAUGAAGGUGAUUGGACCAACGCUUUCCUAUUGGCAUUGAUGUUAGAUCAUCCAAUGAGAUUAUUUAACGUUUUAAGACAAUCAGGGUUAAGAAGUGAAGGUGUUAAGGAAGAAAAGGAUUCCAUCUUUAACAAAGAAUUAGAUGAACUUAUUUCAAAACUAAGUCAUGAUCAAAUCUUAUUGCUCUUCAAAAGAUGCCGUGAUUGGAAUACAAAUGCCCGUACGCAUAGUGUAGCCCAAAAAACCAUUAAAUGCAUACUUCAGAAACAAAAUAUCUCCGAAUUAAGUGAAAUCCCAGGUAUUAUCAAAAUUAUUGAUGGCAUUAUUCCUUAUACGGAAAGACAUUUUGCUAGAGUAGAUAACUUGGUAGAACAAAGUUAUAUUCUAGAUUAUGCAUUAGUUGAAAUGGACAAACUAUUUUAA